CCGCUCACUUGGAUUAUGGGACACUCGUCAGUUCGUAUGCGCAUGCGCACCAAUCCGAAUCACUUCCGGGCGACGAGACUGCUGCUAAGGAUGUUGGGGUAUAUCUGGCAGUGUUUCUAUUCCUCGUGUCUGCGCUUCUGGUUGAAAUGGUUCCUCCGGCUGAUCACAGGAAGAUGCGAGCUGCAGCGUAUCUGUGCCCGAUGCAAAGCUGGAGCACUGAGGACGUCACAGAUAGAGUAUUCUCUGAAGUCCUCCAAAAGCAAGGUGUUGAGAGCAGCUCUGUCUUUGAAGGAGAAAGAUUUGGACGACCACCUGACUCAAAUAAUCCAGGAGAAGAGCAUCAAGGAGCAGAAAGAUCCUGCGUUUAAGGUGAAUCUCCGUCAAUGCUUGGCCCAAAUCAACGGGUAUAACGAGCUGUUUGAGGCGGUCGAGGAACUCAGAAGAGAGGUGUUUGACUCGGAGAAUGAAGAACAUGAGAAGAUGCUUCUGAAGUUGUGGGAUCUGUUAAUGCCGUCGGUGAAGCUGGAAUCGAGGGUCACCAAGCAGUGGGGAAACAUUGGUUUUCAGGGCGACGAUCCGAAGACUGAUUUCAGAGGGAUGGGGAUGCUGGGACUCACAAACCUCCUUUUUUUCAGUGAGAAUUACACAGACGCAGCCCGGCAGGCCUUGUCACACGCAAAUCACCCCGGACUAGGGUACUCGUAUGCCAUAGUGGGCAUCAAUCUGACAGAGAUGGCAUACAGCUUAAUGAAGAAUGACGCUCUGAAGCUUCAUUUCUAUAACACAGUACCUGGAAAACCCCGGAUGCAGCACUUCCACCAGUUCUACUGUUACCUGGCGUAUGAGUUCGAUAAGUUCUGGUUGGAAGAGGAGCCGGAGAGCAUCAUGGAGUUCAAUCGCUACAGGGAGAAGUUUCACGACAAGGUCAAAGGUCAACUUCAGAUGCCCGAGGUCACGCUUGUACUGACCGUGGACCAAGAAAAAUGAUGCCAGCAUCAUUUCACAGACAAAAGGAAACUGCAACAGUUGAUUUUCUUUUCUUUUCCCAUUAACUUUAAGAUAAUUUUUAGUUAGGAAAUGUACAACGUGCAUGAAGCUUUAUUUAAAUAUUAAUAAUUAAACCGCUGCAUAAACUGUACAUCAAGGGUACAUAGCUGCCUGUUUAGCUACAUUGACCUGGUCAGGGAAAGAUUUACACUAAGUAUUAUUAAAAAUACUUUCAAAGUGAUGUUUUAAACCCUCCAAGAAACAGAUUGGAUUCCCUUCACACUUGACGUUUUGGUCGUGGUCACGUGACUCCUGCUUCUUCAUCUUUACCCAUCUCAGGAAGAUGACAUCUAUGUUCUUCUGUAUUCAGAUAAUUCAACCCCUUUGCAUGUUAAAGUGCGUUUAAGUUUUGUAUUAAACCCGUCAUCGUCUGCAAAGUUCUUUGAUGUACCCUGCGACGGGUUUAAUAUCUCAUCUGUUUUGUGAAUAUUGUUAUUCAGACCUCAACUCAAUUCCAAAGGACAUCAUCUGUAUGCACAAACGUUGAUGUGACACUGUGUCGUUGUCUUAUUUAUAAACCGUGUUUGGGUUUGAAGAUGUCACUUUUUAUUCCUGAUGACCCGAUUCCUUUUAUAGUGUGGGAUUCAUACCUAAUGUUGAAGAAUAAAAUAUUGACUGAAUAUUCAA